UCAGUUACUAGCGAACUAAAUUAUUGGAUUGGAGAAUUCAAAACUGAUGUAUAGUUUGUACAAUUUGAAAACCAGGUCGAUGCUGUGAAUCGGGGAAAAAUAAGCUAUUAAUUUUAUAUCUUUCCGUCCAUUAUAACAGAUAUCGACCAAAAUAUGUCCAAGAAUCAUUUCCACCUCGCCGCCGUCUUUUCCUGUGGGAUCGUUUUGAGCUUUGUGCAAGUUGCAUUGUCGAAUCAUUACCAGUCAAUUGGCUGUUACCAAGAUCGCGGUGACCGUGCUAUACCAACCCUUGAAGGACAAGAUCCAACCCUUGAUGGCAACUACUGGACAAGGCAAAACCCUGUUGCGAAAUGCUAUGCCGCAGCCAAAAGAAGAGGGUUCCAGGUCUUUGCAGUUCAGAAUGGUGGCUGGUGUGCAUCUGGUCCCACUGCUGCUAAAACGUUCAACAAGUAUGGCCCAUCAUCCGCUUGUAGAUCAGAUGGAGAGGGUGGACCCUGGGGUAAUCAAGUCUAUUACAUAACAGACUACGAAAACGUUGGAUGUUAUAGAGACACCUCAAAUCGAACAAUCCAGUCUCUGGAAGGAAGGGAUUCGGUCUUGGAUGGACAUUACUUGGAUCGGAGAAAUCCUAUCUUGAAGUGCGCCUUGGCUGCCAAGAGAGCGGGCUACAACAUGUUCGCAGUUCAAAAUGGUGGAUGGUGCGCAUCAAGCAGAUUGGCUGUUGAGACGUUCAACAAGUAUGGCCCAUCGUCUGCUUGUUGGUCAGAUGGCGAAGGUGGACCCUGGGCCAAUCAAGUUUAUUACAUCAAAGACCACGAAAACGUUGGAUGUUAUAGAGACACCUCAAAUCGAACAAUCCAGUCUCUGGAAGGAAGGGAUUCCGUCUUGGAUGGACAUUACCUGAAUCGGAGAAAUCCUAUCUUGAAGUGCGCUUUGGCUGCCAAGAGAGCAGGCUACAACAUGUUCGCAGUUCAAAAUGGUGGAUGGUGUGCGUCAAGUUCUACGGUUGCUAAGACGUUCAACAAGUAUGGCGGAUCAUCUGCUUGCAGGUCAGAUGGAGGAGGUGGACCCUGGGCCAAUCAAGUUUAUUACAUUAAAGAUCAUGAAAGCGUUGGAUGUUAUCGAGACACCUCGGAUCGUGCAAUCCAGCCUCUGGAAGGAAGAGAUUCUGUCCUGGAUGUGGAGUACUGGUAUCGAAGAAAUCCUACUUCAAAGUGCGCCGUGGCGGCCAUGAGUGCGGGUUACAGCAUGUUUGCAGUUCAGAAUGGUGGAUGGUGCGCUUCUAGUUCCUUGGCUGCUAAGACCUUCAGCAAGUACGGCAGAUCGUCUGAUUGUAGGCCAGAUGGCGAAGGUGGACCUCGGGCCAACCAAGUUUAUUACAUCAAAG